CGGGCAUGUGAGCGCGGCGGCUUCCGGGUGAGACACGUGGGAGCCGCGCCGGGUGCGGGCGAGUCCCGGGAUGCCUCCGGGAAAAGGCCAGAUGAGCCUGCUGCUGCCCGCCCCGAAGGUCACCCAUGGCCCCGCCGCGGGGGGCUGCGCUCAGCCCCCGGAGGGUCCCGGCUCAACGCAGGGUUGCGGUAAGAAGAAGAGCCGUAAGCACCAGCGGUUCAUGGAGCGCAGGGCGCUGCUGGAGCAGAAGGGGCUGCUGAACCCCCGCAGACGCCUAGGCAGCCAGACCCCCGUGGCGGGGCCGGAGGGACGUAGCACAGCCACCAAGACAGCUGGCACCACGGCAGCGCGCUGCGGGAAGGUCCCCAAGCCCAAACAGGUCGUGUCCCCAUCCCUGUCCCCAUCCGCCUCUCCGGAUAGCAUAGCCAGGCACCACUCCGUGCUGCUGUCCCAGAAGAAGGGCAGCUCCAAGCGCGUGCGGAUGUCCUCCACGCUCCUGCGCCCGGGCAAGUACGUGGCUAUCGACUGCGAGAUGGUGGGCACUGGUCCCCAGGGCAGGCUGAGCGAGCUGGCGCGGUGCUCUGUGGUGAACUACGAGGGGGAUGUCAUCUACGACAAGUACGUCCAGCCCGAGCUCCCCAUCGUGGACUACCGGACACGCUGGAGCGGCAUCACUAAGGAGCACAUGAAGGGUGCAAUUCCUUUUAAGGCUGCCCAGGGGGAGAUCCUGAAGAUCUUGAAAGACAAGAUUGUAGUAGGACACGCCAUCCACCAUGACUUCCAAGCCCUGAAGUACUUCCAUCCAAAAGACAGGACUCGUGACACCAGCCGGAUCCCCAUGCUGAAUCAGAGGGCAGGGCUGCCCAGCAGGGCCAUCGUCUCGCUCAAGAGGUUGGCCCUGCACCUGCUCCAGAAAAAGAUCCAGGUCGGCUGCAAAGGGCACUCAUCGGUGGAGGAUGCUCAGACAGCCAUGGAGCUGUACAGACUGGUGGAGGUGCAGUGGGAGAUGGAGCUGGCCCAUAGCAUGCCCCCCCGGCCCCCAAGCCCCGUCACAGACCCCACCGCAGACAGCAGCCAGUACAUGGAUGACCAGUACUGGCCCACAGACCUGAUGGCAAGCAGCCUGUGAUGGGGGACAGUGUCUCCUCCACAUGUUUCAGGCCAUCCUGGUGCCUUCGGCUAUUAAAGGUGGAGAUGGCUGCUGACCUCCUUCCCAGGGCUUGUGCCUCAUGGGCUCUGCCCGGCACCCAACCCCGCUGUGGGCAGCAGCACAGGGGAGUCGGACACCCCCAGCCCUGCUCAGGGAUGGACAAAUGGUAACACUUGGACACCGGCAGUCUCCCAAAAAUGCUGUCUGCAGCCUCGUGGUAUUGCACAGAAAUAAGCGCGAUGGCUGCGCCGUGGUCACCUGUCACUUGGUGCUCAGGGGUGAGCAGGGUCCUGGUGUCAGCCUGGAGGAGCCCCCAUGGGGGUGUGAUGGCUGCAGCAGUGGGCCUUCCUGGGGGAGGACUGAGGUGUCUUACUGAUGCCCAAAGGCUGCAAACCAUCUGAGGCCAGUUAAGCAGUUUCCUCCUCACUUUCUUUGCACAGUGAAGCCUGAAAAGAAAGUCUGGAUCUAAUCAGUGUCCAGCAUGGACAAGAGCAUAGAAUGCACUUCAACUAGACCAUUCACAUAAUUGUCCAAUUCUGAAUUAAAAAUUGUUCUAGCUAAA